AUGUCUACAGCUGAGGCCUUCCAACACCGUCCUCUCGAUUUGACUCAGCCUGGGAUACGGGUAUUAGACCUCUUACCGCUACAAGCUGAUGGCGCUAUCAGGUGCAGACUACGCCACGAUGUACUCGGUCCUAGUUUGCAAUUCUCAGCCGUAUCAUAUGAGUGGGGGAGCCUCGUGUCGGGAAAGCAUGAGAUUUACAUCGAUGACAUGAGUUUCCAGGUUCACCACAAUCUCCUCCUGUUGUUGACGGCGCUCCUCAAUAUCUACCCCACUGAUGGAUACAAAAGCCUCUGGAUCGAUGCUCUUUGUAUUGAUCAACUGAAUAUUGGAGAGAAGAACCACCAAGUGCAGCAAAUGAAGAACAUAUAUCAGACGGCCGCCAAUGUUUUAGUCUGGCUCGGACCUUCAGAUGACAAAACCGACCGGUUGUUCGAUUUUCUGCAAGACCUGUGCAUUCCGGACUCAGCAGAAAAUGCUGCCCGGUCAGUCGCACAGUUGACCCUGGAGCAAUGGAAACAUUAUCAAGACAAAGUUUUUGGUGCAGGAGUCCCUGUGUGGGAGGCUUGUGAGGCAUUGUCUAAGCGCACUUACUGGAGCAGGACGUGGAUUCUACAGGAGAUAUUGCUUGCAAACCAGCCAUUGAUUUUCUGCGGCGACAAUAAGGUUCCGUGGCAAGCGUGGGCCAUCCUGCUUGACACGCUAGACAAAAAUCCCGUCGAGUUCGUCAAAAUCUGGGCACCAGAUAUCUGGGGAUCGCCCGCCAUGUCUGUUUCCCGGGAAUGGUUCGCAUUGAUUGAUGAGGGCCCGCGCGAGAAUUUAAUCCAGCUGACUACGGCAUUCAGAAAGAGCGAAUGUUCGAUUUUACAAGACAAAGUUUAUGGCCUACUUGGACUGCUCUCAGGCGGAUCUAAAUUACUUGUCGACUAUGAUCGUGAGAUUGAAGACUUACUCCUCGAUCUGUUAGAAAUGACAACGUCUGACACCACCAUUUCGGAUGUUGAAAACUUGCUGGAAAUGUUCGAGAUCAACACCUUGUCCUCCAUCCAAAUGGCGCUGGAUUGCGUCUACGCCGGAAAGCGCCCGAUUGCUCAAAGUUCCGGUUGGUUGAAAAUCGGUGCGAUAUUAAAAGGCACAAAUGCAGCAAAAGAUAUUUCAUCCCGAGUGCACUUGAGACAACUUCGAUGGUGCAACCAGCUGGAAAGUCAACAACUGAUCUGGAGAUUCACGAGCCCCUGCGAUUUAGACAGUUGGAGCUCCGGAAGGUGGAAGGACCUGCAACCGCCGUUUCUGAAGUCCAAUCUCUUGACCCACGCACGUGACGUCCUCGAUUUCUCGAAGCCGUACGACAAGCCCUGCGCGAAACCCCAAACAAGCCCACAUCAUACAAAUCCCCGCUUCGCGAUCGGAUUUACAAGAUUCGAAAUCAUGCCGUCACCAUCCAAAGUCCCAGACCGCUUUAUGAUCCACGUUACUCUGUACUUUGCCCCCGAAGACGUGCCCGUCGCCCUGGAAGCGUGCAGAACCCUCUUCGAAGAGGCGUGGAAGGACCCCCGGCUGGACUUCUGUCAGAUUGUUCAAGACGCCAACGAGGCGGGCACGAUUCGCAUUCAGGAAGCGUGGAAUGCGUCGAGGAAGUAUCUGGAAGAGGUAUGUAUCGAGUACCGAGUGCUCGCUUUUCAUUAG